UUCUCGUUGUUUUGCUCAAAAUAAGCGAUUCAUGGAGUAAAAUAUCUGAGUUAGUCAUUAAAAUAAAUUAAAGUACACAUAUAUGUUCCGUUUCAGUAUAUGAAAAGAGAUAUAAGAGUAUUGAUCUAGUAUCCGCGAAAGAUGGAAAUACCUGCCCAGGGUAUCCCUCAUGCUCAGCGGGUGCUGUCUUUGCUCAACCGACAGAGGGGUUUUGGCCAGUUCUGUGAUGCAAUGCUGAACACAGCGAGUGGGCAGGUGCAUCUGGCCCAUCGCAAUGUUCUCGCCUGCUUCAGCCAGCUGUUUCGGGAUCCCAGUUCAAACACACCAUGUGUACAGAUUACCCUCCCGUUAGCAUGCCCUGAUGAUGGACUUGAGCUGCUGCUUGAUUACUUUUACACUGGUGAUCUCCACUUGGAUGAUAGUAAUUUAGAAAAGGUUAAAAAUGCAGCUAGUGGGCUAUCAGUGCCGGAUUCCUUGAUACAUUGCCAGGGUUUGCCAAGUGUGGAGGCUUUACAGUCUCCUGACUUGAAUGAAGAUUCAAAAGACAUACCACUUUUCCCCCUGACAUCUGCAGAUUCUCUGCCUGACCAGACAGCAAAAGGAAAGGCUGGAUCUAGGCAGGGAAUGAAAAAUAAAUCAGAUGCAGCAAUCACAGCUAGUGAUAAUGACCACCUUGCCUCAACAUCUACGACCACCACACGAUCUGGAAGGAGAGUGAAAGGGCCCAGCAGAUUAGUUGGCGAGAGCCACUUGUCUACUGUCACAAGACAAGGAGCUGGAAGGAGAAAAGCAUCAUCUCUGGAGUACAAAGAGGAGGAGACUGCUGCCACUGAGGAAGGACAUCUGGUCAUUCAUCAAGACUUAAGUGAGACUGAGCAGGUGGAUGGAUCUGUUGAGAAUCAAAAUGUUGAUGUUGAUGAUGACAAUGAUGGAGGUGAUAGUAUGGAAAUUCUUAUCGAGGGCACUGAUGAAGAGUACAUGCCUCAUGAUUCACCUUGCUCGACCUCAAAGGGUCCGCGGGGAAAGCGCAAACAGCAAGAAAAAAACACAUAUAAAGAGAAUGGGGAAGGAACAUCAAAAGACACCAAGAAAGGCUCAGUCCAAUGCCCUACAUGCCACAAAACAUUCCUCAGCAAGUACUACCUUAAAGUACACAACAGGAGACAUACAGGAGAGAAGCCCUUUGAAUGUGCAAAAUGCAGGAAGUGCUACUUCAGGAAGGAAAACCUACUAGAGCAUGAAGCCAGGAACUGCCUUAGAAGAACAGAGAUAUAUUCCUGCUCCAAAUGUCGCAUGACCUUUAAGAAGCGACAUGAGCUGCGUCUCCAUACAGUCACACACACAGGAGAGAUGCCCAAUAAGUGCACGUCAUGUCCAGAACAGUUCAUACAGAAGAAGGACCUCAGGAUCCACAUGAUUAAAGUUCACGGAGCUCCUAAACCCCAUGCAUGCUCAUUGUGUACCAAGUGUUUCUUGUCCCGCACUGAGUUGCGUCUGCAUGAGGCAGCCAAACAUCGUGGUGAGAAGCUGUUUGUGUGUGAGGAGUGUGGUCACCGGGCCUCCAGCCGCAACGGCCUACAAAUGCACAUCAAAGCCAUUCACAGAAAUGAGCGUCCAUUUGUGUGUGAGUUCUGCAACCAUGCUUUUACUCAGAAAGCCAAUCUCAACAUGCACCUUAGAACACACACUGGAGAGAAGCCUUUCCAGUGCCACCUCUGUGGCAAGACAUUUCGCACACAAGCCAGUCUGGACAAGCACCACCGUACACAUACAGGAGAGCGACCAUAUGCUUGUGAGUUCUGUGAGCAGCGUUUUACCGAGAAAGGUCCUCUCUUACGCCACAUAGCCAGCAAACAUCAAGAAGGCCGCCCACAUUUUUGCCACAUCUGCAACAAAACCUUUAAAGCCAUCGAGCAGCUCCGAGUUCAUGUACGGCGUCACAAAGGCAUGAGAAAAUUUGAGUGUACUGAGUGUGGUUACAAGUUCACCAGACAGGCACACUUGCGACGGCAUUUCCAGAUCCACAAACGCGUAGAGAACUACAACCCCAGGCAGAGACGACUGCGCAACCUGGUUGUGGAGGAUGAAAAUUCAGCUCCCAUACCUAGUUCUUCCAGUCAGACAGAGGCUCAGGCAGGGGCAGGGGACAUGGUUAACUUGGUGAUCCAACCAGAUGCGGCUGUAGUGGAGCAGGUGGUGACAGCCCCUGCCGGAGGAGCAGGAGGAGAUCAGACCACAUAUUCAAUGACUGAUGGGCCUUUGAAUGGUGAGCAGACAGGGUUUGAUGUGACUGAGAGGACUGGUGGUGAAAUUGAGCAGGCUGGGUUUACUGUAGCAGAUGUGAUAGACCAGCCACUGCUGUACCCAAUCCAUCAAUCCAGUGUGGUUGUGGAGCUGCCCAGCUCUGGAGUUGAUGAUAAAGUUUAAGUAGAAGAGACUUAUUGGCUCCAGAGCAAACGCUACAUCACCACAAAGAUGUUUACGGAGGGUCCAUGUCGGAGUGUGAAGUUUGAAAGUCAAUGAGACAAGUCAGUCAAUGUAAAUAAAUACCUUUCUUUUCACGUGCAUAAAAAGGAGUAAGAAAUGGUUUUGCUAUUAAUUUAUUGUGUUUGGAAUUGCGAAAUAAAAAAGAACACUGAGGACUCGUUACAUCAAAUAUGACAUGAGACAAGAUCAUCUUGAAUUUUCCAAAACAUUGUUUUUGGGUGAUUAUCUAUUGGAAUCUAAGUAGUUUAAACUAAUAUAUAUAUAUAUAUAUAUAUAUAUAUAUAUAUAACAUCUCCUAACAAGGACACAUGUCAAGGUCUGGGUAGAUUAGAUGGUAAGAGAAUUCAGUAGUCAAUCAGGUAGAAAUCAGUUCUCGUAGUCAACGUGUUAAAUGCAGGAGAAAUGGGCAGAAGAAAAGACCUGAGACCUUUGACAAGGGCCAAAUUGUUAUGGACAGAUGACUGGGACCAAGCAUCUCUGAAACAGCAAUGCUUGUGGGGUGCUCCCGGUCAGCAGUGGUGAGUACCUACCUAAGUGGUCAGUGGAGGGACAAACCAUAAACUGGCGUUGGUCGCCAAAUGUUCAUCGAUGCGCAAGGGCUUUGAAGGCAUCCUGUCUGGUCCAAACUGACAGAAGGUCUACUGUCGCACAAGUCAUAGAAAAUUCUUAUUAUGGUUCCAUGAGGAAUGUGUCACAACACUUACGCCUGCAGUGUAUGGGGCUGCAUAGCUGCUGACAGGUCAGAGUGCACAUGAUGACCCGUGUCCGUUGUCGAAUGUUCCUACAAUGGGCACGUGAGCAUCUGAACUGGUCCUUGGAGCAGUGGAAGAAGGUUGCCCGUUCUGAUGAGUCCUGUUUUCUUUUACAUCAUGUGGACAGUUACUAGAGAACAACAAGACAGUUACUAGACAGUUGCUAGAACAAGUCCAAUCCACGGCGGCUCCAACUCGCAACUUACAGGACUUAAAAGGAUCUGUUGCUAAUGUCUUGGUGCCAGAUACCACAGGACACUUUCAGGGGUCUUUUACAGUAAUUAGCUUUACCAUAAUUAACAUCUGUUACUGUAAUUCUACAAGAAAUCUCCCUGUGAUUCCAUGAAAUCUUUUACUUUUAACAUAUAUUAAUUGUUAGAAUAGUCAGAAUAAUUAUCUUUAAAAGAAUGAUAAAGAGAAGCUUAAGUACAGAUAAUUACUAUUGUUAUUAUGAAAAGCUUCUGUAAAUCUAAGACCAUUUAUAUAGAAAACACACACAAAAAACCAUGUCAUUUUAAAUUAACUGUCAGAGGUGUUGCAAAAAAAAAUCUCUAAAAUGUGUUUUUAUUUUGUUUUAUUCAAAUAUAUUA